AUGGCCGCCAAAUCUGCACAAGGAAACAAUGGCAAGAGGGCGUCGCCCGCGGUAAACCUGAUCGCGGGUGGCGGUGCCGGUAUGAUGGAGGCCCUCGUGUGUCAUCCUCUAGAUACAAUCAAGGUGCGGAUGCAGCUUUCUCGGAGAGCCAGGGCCCCCGGGGCAAAGCCCCGUGGGUUCGUGACAACCGGUGCGGAGAUUGUACGUAAGGAAACUGCCAUGGGUUUGUACAAGGGGUUAGGCGCCGUCCUGGGAGGCAUUAUCCCAAAGAUGGCGAUCCGGUUCACAUCGUACGAGUCGUAUAAGGGGAUGCUGGCGGACAAGGAGACCGGCCAUGUCACAAGCAAAUCCACCUUUCUGGCUGGUCUCGCGGCCGGUGUGACCGAAGCCGUGGCCGUGGUCAACCCAAUGGAAGUCGUCAAGAUCCGUCUGCAAGCACAGCAUCAUAGUCUGGCAGACCCACUGGACACACCCAAAUACCGCAGUGCACCACACGCGCUCUUCACCGUCAUUCGAGAGGAAGGGUUCAGCGCGCUGUACCGGGGUGUUUCUUUGACAGCGCUGCGGCAAGGAACCAACCAAGCGGCCAACUUCACUGCAUACAGCGAGCUCAAGGCCGCUCUCCAGCGCUACCAGCCCGAGUACAGCAACUCGCAGCUGCCCUCGUACCAGACCACCGUGAUCGGAUUGAUUUCCGGUGCUGUCGGCCCCUUCUCCAACGCCCCUAUCGACACCAUCAAGACCCGCCUCCAGAAGACCCGUGGGGAGCCCGGCCAAUCUGCCAUCACUCGCAUCAUGGUGAUCGCCAAGGACAUGUUCAAGGCAGAAGGAGCCAGCGCCUUCUACAAGGGCAUCACGCCGCGUGUGAUGCGGGUCGCCCCCGGCCAGGCUGUCACCUUCACCGUGUACGAGUUCCUCAAAGGCAAGCUGGAGCAGUCAAACUGGGCCUUUGUCGGUGGCAAGUAUGAGGAGUGA